AUGGGUUAUCAUAGCUCUGAGAUUUCCAACAUGAUGGAAAUUUUCAUAAUGUUGCUUCUCUUUUCAUUACUCAGUACCACCCACAUUUUCAGUGUUGAUGCUUUGGCAGAUGCAGAGGGCUUCAUUGUUCAUGGCCUACAAGAUGUGCAUUAUUCCAUGGAGGACAAUGCUGAGGGGACUCAGAACUUGCAGAUUGAGAAGGUUUCUGGAGAAGAUGAAAGUGAGGAGCAUAAGAUUUCAGUGGUGGAGAAGUUCAGGUCUUUGCUUGGAUUGAGGAGCUUACACAAGAGAACACCAUCAAAUGGUGACAGUGAAAAUGUGUCCCCAUCUCCUUCUCCUUCACCCUUUACUGAAGCUGAGGCUCCAAGUCCGGCUCCAGCUCCGGCUCCGGCUCCGGUAGUGCACAUCCACCCACAUUUACGACGUCCACACCGGUUGCACUCAAUCUCACCGCCUCGGAAAAUUGUUAAGAAGGAUGAUGAUAAAGGCAGAACCAGGAAGAUACUUGUUGCUGUUCUUGUUUCAGCUGGAGCUGCUACUUUGAUUAGUGUGCUUGGCCUCAUUUGGGGUUGUAAGAAGUACAAAGCGCACAAGAAGAAACCCACAAGAGUGAUUUCAGUUUACGGCCAAAAGGGAGGAGGAACAAGCGAAAGCAAGGUGAGCUUAAACCCUGCCACUCAUGAUCUCAUUUAUGUUAAUUCAUUAGACGUUGAUGAUAUAGAGCAACAACAACAACCGCCCUCUUGCACAUUGAAUGAGACAGUAGAGGAUGAGUGUAAUCAAGAUAUGGUGAAACCAGAUUUUGACAAUGUUAGUAGUUCUUCCACAAGGGAAAUUACCUCUGUUCAUGAGGAUAAUGCAGAAUCAGUUAAUUAUGAGUCUGACUGUGCCUCAACUGGGGUUAAAGUUGCUCCCAUUGAUGCUUAUUCUUCUGAUGAGGAAUCUUUCCAUUCUUUUGGUGAUUCCAAUUCAUCAAGCUUUCGCCUUUCGAAUGCUUCAGCGAGUAGUCUCUGCGACAAUGUAGUAGAAAAUAUGUCCACAAAUGUGCCAAACAGAGAGCAUUGUUUAGCACCCUCUUUUAUGAACUCACCAAAUCCAUCAGUAACCCCAAACCAAACUUCAAUUCCAUCUUUGACUGCACCAUCUUCUUCCAAUAAUGCAAACAAUUUCACUCCUCCUCCAACUCCUCCCCCUCCUCCACCUCCACCCCCACCCAUGCGCUUUGAUCCUUUAAGUUCUUCUGCUAGUUCAACUCGAAUUACAUCUAGAGCUUCAUCCUCUUCCACAUUGAAAAAUCUAUCACCUCCAAGAAAAUCGAAUUCUUCUUGUGGAUCAAACCAAGUCUCAGAAGGUGGCUUUCCAUUUUCGCCUCUAAAGUCCUCAAUGCCUUCUCCAACUCCGCCUUCUAUUCCUCCACCACCUUGCCCACCUCCCUUUUUGAAAGCAGCUAACAACUCUGCCAAAGGUCCACCUCCUCCACCAUUCCCUCAAGUCACACCAUUGGGAAAAGAUGGAACUCCAUUGCCUAAAUUGAAGCCGCUACACUGGGACAAAGUUAGAGCUGCACCAGAUCAUUCUAUGGUGUGGGACAAACUGAGAUCAAGCUCAUUUGAGUUUGACGAGGAUAUGAUUGAAUCACUUUUUGGAUACAAUCUUCAAAACACAAUGAAGAAUGAUGAAGGAAAAAGCAAGACACCUUCUCCAAGUAAGCAUGUACUUGAGCCAAAGAGACUACAGAACAUUACCAUACUUUCAAAAGCCCUGAAUGCUACUACUGAUCAAGUAUGUGAAGCACUAGUACAAGGAACCGGUUUGUGUUUACAACAACUUGAAGCACUUGCGAAGAUGGAGCCAACCACUGAAGAAGAGGCAAAGCUCUCUGGCUAUAAAGGAGAUAUCAAGGAACUGGGGUCAGUUGAGAAAUUUGUUCUGGCAGUACUUAACGUUCCUUUCGCCUUUCAGCGAGUUGAAGCCAUGCUUUACAGAGAAACUUUUGAAGAUGAGGUGGUUCAUCUUAGGAACUCAUUUUCAGUCCUAGAGGAGGCCUGCAAGGAACUGAGGUCAAGCAGGCUGUUCUUGAAAUUACUCGAAGCCGUGUUGAAAACAGGAAAUCGGAUGAAUGUGGGAACUAUCAGGGGAGGUGCCAGAGCAUUCAAGCUAGACGCGCUUCUCAAACUUGCUGAUGUAAAAGGAACUGAUGGAAAGACUACCUUGUUACACUUUGUUGUGCAAGAAAUAAUAAGGGCAGAAGGAAUCAGAGUCUCGGAUAGCAUAAUGGGGAGGAUCAGCCAGAAAAACAAAAGCAAAACUGUUGAAGAGAAGGAAGAAGAUUACAGAAGAAUGGGGCUGGACCUUGUCUCUGGUCUCAGCACUGAACUCUACAAUGCGAAGAAGACAGCUACAUUGGACUUGGAUGUUCUUGCAAGUGGUGUAUCAAACCUAUCUGAUGAAAUGACCAAGCUGAAGCAUUUGAUAAACAAAGAGUUGGCCAUGGAUGAGAAAAGUGGUAACUUUGUGAUCUCCAUGAAGUCUUUCAUAAGCUACGCAGAGAAUAGUUUGAAAGAGUUGCAGGGUGAUGAGAAUAGAGUGCUGUCACAUGUGAAGGAGAUAACAGAGUAUUUUCAUGGAAAUGUGAGCAAAGAAGAAGCAAACCCACUUAGAAUUUUUGUGAUUGUUAGAGACUUUCUAGGCAUGUUAGACCAUGUCUGUAAAGAGCUUAGAAGCUCAAAAGCCAGCCGCACUCCAAAUCCUCUUGCUCCAUUCAGAUAG